AGAAUGAUUAAGGUUACCCUAUUGGAAAAAAAGAUAAGGCAUCAAAGAAUGGGAGCAGAAGCGUCAUAUGGUACAGUAACAUGCUGGAAAUGCUGGAAAAUAAGCGUUGUAAGCCUAAAAGUUGUGGCGCUAAACCAAAUUAAAAACGUUCAAACGCGACAUUCAUUCGUUCUCGCGAUACGUCAACAUUAACCACAACCUCAAUCAAGCGCGCCCUAGUACCUCGAAUCAUUCUUUACACUUCAAUUAAAUGCGCAAUUGAUGCGCUGAUGAGUACUCAACGAUUGCCACUCAUGGAGAUCGAAAAUGACGUGUCAAGCAUGCCCGUCGCAGGUGGUAGGAGGAAAUCAGGACGCGCCGUGAAAGCACCUGAGAAGUUCGUUCCUGAUCUACCAUCGUCUGCCGUUCGAUCCACAAAUGCCAAAAGGAAGAGAUCUGAUGAGGAAGGAGAAGAUGACGCGUCAGAGGAAGAAGAGGUAGAACCAGAAGAAGAGGAUGAGGAUGACGAAUUAGAGGAAGAAAGUGCGGGGGAAGAAGAGUUAAAAGAAGCUCGCAGGAAAGCCAGGACUUCGAAGAAACCGGCAGCAAAGAAACCCAAAAUCAACGGUACAGUGCCGCAUGCUAGAGCGCCUGCUGUCAGAUUACCAAAUCGACCCAAGGCAGCAAAGAAAGUCGUUAUAGCAGAUGAUACUACUGAAGGACUUUAUGGUAUGCGCCAUGAGCAAUUCUGGUUCCAUUUCUACCUUGUACUGACUUGUUUAACAGCCGAUGUUUAUACGAGCGGACAAUCAUCCGACGAGGUGGUUUCUAAGUUCCUGGAAAAAUACGCACAGAAUGGCCCUGGGGCUGUGGCAGAAUUGAUAAAUUUUGUCUUGAAGAGUGCUGGCUGUGACCUUCAAGUCACUGAGGACGAUGUUAAUGAUUCAGAUAAUGUUAACGGGAAAAUUUCAGACCUUCAGGAAGAACACCAAACAGUAGGCUUUGGCGUAUUUAUUAAAAUCAAUCGUGCUAAUCUAUUUUUCAGCAAAACAUAUCUGACUACCCAUUAAUCUCACGAGCGAAGAACAGUCAUGCCUUUCGAGCGUCUUUCCUCGAUUUCUUCGACUCCUUAAACAGAACAAUGGAUGCAUCUGGAGCACUUUACGAUGAGGAUGAACCAUUAAUGGAAAGCAUAUUUCAUUGGAUGGCUUCUAUGUCAUCCUCGAAUCUACGACCUUUUAGACAUACUGCGACUGCCGUUGCUUUGACUAUCGCAACUUCUACAUGUCAAAUUGCGAAAGAACAGAUAGAAAUUGCCGCGAAAACCUUACGUCAGCUUGAGGGAGAAAAGAAAAACAAACGACCCAACAAAGGUAGACUUGCAGAUUUCGAGAAGAAGGUCCGAGACGGGGAAGGAAAGAAAGAAAUUUUAGAAGAGAGACUCAAGGAUAUCUUUGAUACAAUUUGGGUGCAUAGGUAUCGAGAUGUUGACCCGAAGAUUAGGAUUGAAUGUAUUGAAGCGCUAGGCUUAUGGAUUCAUACUUUACCUAGUUAUUGGUUUGAUGGGCAAUACCUACGAUACCUGGGAUGGAUGCUUACAGAUGCUGCAUCAAGCAUGCGACUCGAAGUGGUCAAGCAGCUGAUAAGAAUUAUGAAGAACCCCUCCAAUAUCCCAAGAUUAGGUACAUUUAUCGAAAGAUUCAGGCCACGUAUUAUUGAGAUCGCCACAAGAGAUUCGGAUGCUGCUGUUAGGUCGAAUGCAGUUGAUCUGGUUGAUAUACUUCGAAAGGGAGGAAUGCUUGAACCAGAUGACAUUGAUGUUAUCGGGAAGCUCAUUUUCGACUCGGAACCCAGAGUACGCAAAGCCGUGGUUGCAUUUUUUGUUGAGAACGUCAAGGACGUUUUCGAGGAAAAGAUUGAGGAAUUGGGAGGAGAAGAUGCCUUGGAAGAGAUUCUGACAGUUGAUGAUGAUGAUUACGAUUCGCCUCGUGCUAGUUGGAUUAAACUCAAGUGUCUUGCGGAGGUAUUACAAAAUUAUGAUGUUUCAGAUCAGGAUGAAAUGCCGAGCCAUAUAGAGCAAGCGACCGUCGAACGUUAUUUAGAUCUUUCUGGUGGAGAGUCAAGAUUUACCCUUGCGGCUCAAGCUUUAUACGACAAAAUGCCGGAGCUCAGGGAAUGGGAGGGUUUAGCCGGCUACUUAUUACAUGAUCAUUCUUCCAACCCCAAAGGCAAGGGAACUAAUCGAGCAUUGAAGGAGAGUUUUAAACCCGAAGAGACCGAAGAGAUCAUACUGCUAGAGAUAUUAAAUGCAGUGGUCAAGCUCAAUCUGAACCAACUCGGCGAGCCAGAUAAAUCAAGAGACAAAAGCAAGAAGAGAAAUGCUAGAGCCGAAUCGGCAGAAAUCAAAGAGACAACAGCUCGUCAUUUGGCAGACAUUAUUCCAAGAUUACUCAAGAAAUUUGGAGCUCACCCGAUAACUGCCACUGCUGUAUUACGUUUGGAACAUUCUCUAAACCUUGGUGUCUUCCAAGAACUGCGACAAGACUCAACGGGAUAUGCUAAGUUACUUGACGAGAUUAGUGCUCAAUUCAGUGGCCACGCUGACAAGAAUGUCCUCACCGAAGCAAGCGCAGCAAUAUUACAUGCAAGAAGCUACGAAGAACUGGAAGAUAUCACAGAAAACAAACUCCAGACAUUAUGGGAGGACACCACGAAUAUACUUCAAAACAUCAACAAAGCUGGUGAGGUAUCUGUCAGAGGAGAUUUCACAGAUUCAAUUCUUGUAGAACUUUCAACUACUCUUGCAAAGGUGGAAAAGCUAGCAAGUAUUUCGAAUUGUGUGGAAAUUUUAGAAGCCGAAACUAAUAGCAAAACACCUUCUCCUAUCAGUAUUAUUCUUGAUGUUGUUGCAAGAGGACAACUUGAGGAGGCAAAUCCAGAUAUUGAUGCUCAAGAGGAUGAAAUCGUUAUAUCGGCUAUCCGUUCAGCCACGUUCUAUUUCAUGUGGAAAGUACACUCAUUAACAAGAUCAAUUGCAUCAGGCGAAGAAAUUUCAGAUGAUCACAUCGAUUCUCUCAAAGAUUGUCAAGACACCUUCAUACAGAAUCUUGUCACCGCUUUAUCGUCCCGCAGUACCCUUGAUCCAGUACGUCUACUUGCAACAGGUGCUCUUCUCGAUCUUCAUGUUUUAUUCGCCACUUUACGACCUCAAGCUACUGCCACUGGACGAAAAGACACUCAAAAUCAGUUCGAGCAUAUACAAUCUCUAUUUAAAGAGAUUACCCCAGAAGCUCAAACAGAAUUAACAUCUAUCUUUGACCAUGCCGAGAAACACUUUGCGAAAAAGACCAAGAGACGUCUAGAAGAGCCAGAUGAUGAUGAAGCCCCUGAAGACGAACCCGAGGACUCUGAGGAUGAGGAUGAGGAUUCCACAGAGAAUGAACGACAAAGUGAAAUACUCAAAGCGGAACAACAACUUUGUGAAUUAACAGGAAAACUUAUCUUAGCUAUACUUGCAAGAGUCAUUGAUGCGUCAGGACCUGGGAAAGGAAAGUUACGUAAACGUAUUGAGAGGAAUAGGGCAAGGUUGGGACAUAAUUUCAAGGAAGUAGUAGCAUAUCUUGAUGAACCUAAAGAAAAGGCGAAGAAGAAUAAAACAAAGGCUCAAUUAGCAGCAGCUGCUGCACAAGCAAAGAAAGAAGUUCUUAGGAUGGAAUUGGAAGAUGAAGAUGUUGACGAGGAAGAAGAAGAUGAUGAUCCAUUCGCAGAUGCAGAACCAGAAGAAGGAACCAGAGCAGAUUUAAAGAGAAGAGAAUUGAUUGAGGAUGUUAGCGGUGAUGAGGAAGGAGAAGCGGAAGCGGAAGCGGAAGCAGAAGUUGAAGAAAAUGGUGAUGUGGCCGAUGAAGAUAAGGAUGAAGAUAUGUUGGGUGAUUGAGCGAUUAAGCGAAGGAUUGAUUGAUUGAUUAAUGACUUUUUUUCCGAUUCUCCUUUUGCACUGUUGCGUUUUUUCGCGGAUAUCAUUCUCUUUCUCUCGGUCUCUGUCUACUUUAUUUUGCAGCGCUAAAAAGUUUGUCCUAUGUCGUAUGUCGAAUGUCGAAUACCAUGUGUCGCAUAUCGUUUCUUGUAUGAUAGUACCUAGUGAUAGGAUAGGCCCAAACUCAUUGCGCAUUUUUGUUUUGAUCGCUUCGAGGCGAUAUUAUAUUGCUCUGGAUAGAGGAGAGGAGGGGAGA